ACACACACACACUCUCUCUCUCUCACACACACUCUGCUCCUCCAUGAGUCCGGAUUAUAAAUAUGUAUUUUGUGAUUUCUGCCAUGAAAGCUCAGAUUGAAAUCAUCCCCUGUAAGAUCUGUGGAGAUAAAUCCUCAGGGAUCCACUACGGGGUGAUCACCUGCGAGGGCUGUAAGGGUUUCUUCAGGCGGAGUCAGCAGAGUAACGCAGCCUACUCGUGUCCUCGCCAGAAAAACUGUCUGAUCGACCGAACGAGCCGCAACCGCUGCCAACACUGCCGUCUGCAGAAAUGUCUGGCUGUGGGCAUGUCCCGGGACGCUGUAAAGUUUGGUCGCAUGUCUAAGAAGCAGCGGGACAGUUUGUACGCUGAGGUGCAGAAGCACCGCCUCCAGCAGCAGCAGCAGCAGCAGCAGCAGCAGGGGCCCGGCCUCCUGUCCCACCCCGGCCUCGGCAGCCCGAGCCCGGGCGAGGCCGAGCCGCUGUCCCCUCAAUACCGCCUCUCCUCCACGGGACUCACGGAGCUGCCGGACGAGCUGGGAGGCUACAUGGAGCAGGACUCACCUGAGGGAGGAUCAGUGUCAUCAAAGGCAGACUCUGGAGGAGGAGGGGAGAGAGGAGAAGGUCGCGGGUUCUACCUGGACAUCCAGCCGUCCCCGGAUCAGUCCGGACUCGAUAUUAACGGCAUCAAACCGGAGCCGCUUUGUGACUACGGAUCCGAGAACGGCUUCUUCCCGUACUGCUCCUUCAGUGAUGGAGACACGUCGCCCACAGUGUCCAUGACUGAACUCGAUCACCUGGUUCAGACCAUCUCCAAGUCUCACCUGGAGACGUGUCAGUACCUGCGGGAGGAGCUGCAGCAGAUGAGCUGGCAGAACUUCCUGCAGGACGAGGUGGAGAGCUACCAGAGCAAGCCGCGGGAGGUGAUGUGGCAGCUGUGUGCCAUGAAGAUCACUGAGGCCAUCCAGUACGUGGUGGAGUUCGCCAAACGCAUCGACGGCUUCAUGGAUCUGUGUCAGAACGACCAGAUUGUGCUGCUCAAAGCUGGCUCUCUGGAGGUGGUGCUGGUCAGGAUGUGUCGGCUGUUCGACUCCCAGAAUAACACGGUGUACUUUGACGGGAAGUUCGCGGGUCCUGACGUCUUCAAAGCUCUGGGUUGCGAUGACCUGAUCUCGUCUGUGUUUGACUUUGCUAAAAGCAUGUGUUCGCUGCAUCUGUCGGAGGAUGAGCUCGCUCUGUUCUCAGCGUUCCUCCUGCUGUCUGCAGACCGGUCGUGGCUGCAGGAGAAGCUGCAGGUGGAGAAGCUGCAGCAGAAGACUCAGCUGGCUCUACAACACGUCCUGCAGAAGAACCAGCGAGAGGACGGAGCCAUGAACAAGCUCAGAUGUAAGGUGACGGCGUUGCGUUCGCUGUGCGGUCGUCACACGGAGAAGCUGUCGGCGUUCCGGGCCGUUUACCCGGACAUCGUGCGGACACACUUCCCUCCUCUCUAUAAGGAGCUGUUCGGAGUCGACCUGGAGCUGACUCUGCAGAGUGACGACUAAACGACAACCGGCAGCCGCACAGAGCCGAGAGCCGAGCCGCCACAUCUGGACCGAGCCCGGGAUCCACGGCGGCGGAGGACGGGACGAUGACUCAGGUGAUCUCUCUUCACCUGCAUUUAUACACGUUUUGUGUCCUGGAUCCUGGAUCUGGAUUCACCUCAGACAUUAAAAGACACCUUCAGUAUUCACACUGAAACCUGCUUCUGUUUGUCACCACAUCACCUCUUCUCCUGCCAGUGACUGUGACAGUGAGAAAACACAUUCAUAAAUCCUGGAGGACGCUCAGUGAUGUUGUGAGAGCAACCGGCCAAAAUAUGUCACCAAGCAAAGCAAACAAAAGCAAACACACCUUUUUGUGGAGCAGUUUAUACUCGGAGCAGAGCAGGGUUUUGUAAAACUGGAUGGUGCAACAAGCUUCCUCAGUUUUUAUCUCCUCACUCUCACAGAUCUGCACUCACACAGCAGUUUACAGUUGUGCAAUGGUGUGAAUUUUGUUCUAAAUGAAUCUGUAUCAUCUCUGAUUUUAUGGCUGCACUAUUCCAUCAACACAUGUCUACGACAUCACACAUUUUUAGAAACAUUUUCCCAAAAUGUAAUCUAACAGAUUUGUCUUUGGAAAGUUUUCAUCUAGAACUGAAGGUUAAGUUUUGUGUGUUUGAAUAAUGUUUUACCAAACAUGUUGAGGUUGGAUUGAGCUGCUGCAUCAAAGUUUAAUGAGAGAGAAAAUGUCAAAAAGUCUGUGGAGAUAUUUUAGUCAUGUCACACAAAAAAAACAAUACAGACUACAACUGGGUCUACAAAAAUUCUGCUGCAUUUAAACAGCACGUAUAGAGAGAAUUUCAAAUGAAUUUGUGUUUGCAGCGGCAGAAGUAUUGAGAAUAUUCUAAAAAGUUGGAAACAAGAAUUGUUUUGGUCUGCAGCUGUUCUUUAAAUAUUUGGGCUUCCUGCAGACCAGGUUUUUAUCACAUUACCCCUAAAUAUAUCAACCUGACUCCUUUUUAUCCAGAAAGCUGUCUUUUAAAUGUCCAGGAUGUUUCUUAACCACUAAAGUUUCUUCUGUUUGUGGGGAAAGUUUAAAUGAGAUCAGCUGGUCUGUAGUUUUCUGUGUUCUCCUAUUGAUGCAUCACUCAGGUUUAACAGUCUGUGAACAUCCCAAAUAAUCAAACCAAACACCAAACACCCCCCUCACGUCUACUCUCAGGCAGGCUAACUGGAUUUUUAAUCAGCAGAAGCGUAAAUGCUGCAGUUGAUUUGAUAUAUUUUGUUAUCUGAUGAUUUGUUGAAUUCCCUUCUCUUGUUAUUGUGUUGAUUUUUCAGUAAUGCAUGCUGACCUCAGAACAGAAACUGUUUUUCUUCUCUGAGGUUUCAGAGCAGAGAUUAAGUGAUCCUAAACGACAAAACUAAUCUGGUAAAUUUGCACGUGGAGCAUCUUUAAAUACUGAGCCAACAGAGAGAAGCACCUGAAGAAGUUUGAACCAAAAUGUGAAAAACUUUUGUUUUGCUGGAGUCUGCUCGACAACACAGCCGCUGAGGCUCAUGGGAACUGUAGUAUUUUGAUCUGUGUGUUUAGAAACACACACACACACACACACACACACACACACACACACACACAC